AUGGAGGGUCUCAACGGUGCAGAGAUCAACUCCAUUGCAUCACCAUUUACGGAAAACAAAAAGAGACUGUAUUACAGUGGAGGUGGUAGUAACAAUAUGAACAAUUUGAGGGGGAAUGCAAGAGGUGGCGCGAGGGGAAGUGUGAGGGGAACCGCGAGAGGCAGCGCCAGGGGAAGUGUGCGGGGCAGCGUCAGAGGUAAUACUAGAGGAAACGCAAGAGGAAACGGGAGGAACAGUCAGAUUACUAUGUACAACGAAAUGGACGAAGGGAAUAGCGACUACGAUCGGGGAAUAACUAUGCACAGCCUCGAUCCAUUUAGUAGUCCCACUUACCAAUCACACACCAGUAGGGCGGCAAAUGCGGCUACUAACAUUUCAAAUGAUGCAGGCGGCGCUGGUAAUUAUAUGAUGGGUUCUCUAAAGAAUCUCGUCUACAGUAAUAGUAACGGCAGUGGAGGUAGUCCGGGCAGCAACGGUCUCCCCACUGACAAGUCAAGUAACUUCUCCCAAUAUAACGACGCCUUUCUCGACAACACGGAGGCUAGCCACAUGAAGGGCAAAAAUUUUUCCAAACGAGUAGGAAAAAACUUAACCCUGAAUGGUAUAAACCUUGGAAAAGGGAACAUCAACACUGGGGCGAGCGGGGGAGGUUGCUACAAUCACUUUGGCGCUAAUAAGAACGCAAAGGGGUUUAGAAAUCGCUUCACUCAUUAUAGCAAAAGUUCCAUGAAGCAUGGCAUGGCUAAGCAAAAUCUUGGCUUGGACGAUAGGGGCAAUCUUGCCACGGUUGGCGAAGACAAACAAGAAGGAGAGAGGGACAUGGACAAUAACGACGGCGAGCAGCAAGGGUUCUCCCUCUACUUCCGCAAGAACCAGCUCUCCCAGGUUACGCCGCACAAUCAGCAAAAUGUGCAAAUCCAGUAUGGCCCACGGAGUGAGCUUUAUCACCCUAAUGAUGAUGGGGAAAGUGCAGAGAGGAGGAGCAUGGUUGCUCCAAAUGAAGGCCUCUAUAGCGACACGUACGGAGGCACACAUGGGGACACCCUGGGAGAGGGGUUAUAUGACGAUAUCCACAGGAGAAGUAAUCAAGGGGUGGUAAAUAAAGCGCAUUCCAGAAAUCUAUACGAAAAUAGGAAAUUAAAAAACAACAAAUUGUAUGGAAACGUAGGAAUCGAUGGUGAGGAUAAUGACAUGGUGAAUCAUCUGGGGGGUAAUAGAGAUCUCGACCUUGUGGAUCCCCUCAGGGCGAGUAGCAACCUACCUUUGAGUACACCCAACGAUGCGGAAGUGAAAAAUGUGAAUAAUCAAAAUAUCGCGACAGACAAGGUACACCCAAGUAGCAAUAUACACAUGACCAGAAACAACAAGAAUAAUCCCACCAUGAACUAUACUAAUGUCGGGAAAAAGAGAAAAAAUGUGAAAUUUGAUGGUAACACGUUUCAAAAGCAUAAGCCAAAAAAAAAUUAUUAUAAGUCCUUUAACGAUUCUUUAGAGAGGUAUAGCAAUAACUCGCUAAGGAUUGUCAACACGGGUGUGAAGAAGGGAACCAAUUCGUCCCUUUAUGGCAAUCCGGAGGCUGAAAAGGAGCUCCUGGAUAUGAACUUGGGUGUGAACGCACCUGGCGGUCAGGUGCAGGCCCAUUCGAAUGACAGCGCUGUAGUGGAGGUAGCAAACAUAAGCAGCAGUGCACUAGAUAGCGGCCCACCGACUGCGGCACUAAACGCACCAUCUAACGCACUCGCGGGCGCUGCCGCCCGGGGAAUCAAGACGGCCAGCCGAAACAACCACGUCAGUAACUUCCACCCCAGCAUGAAGAAAAAACCGUUUAACAAUAUGACCUUCUCUCUUAACAAGUAUCUCACCUCGUAUGUGAACUUUGACCGGAUUAAAAGCAAAAAAAUGAACAAUGGGAAGGUGACAAACAAAGGAAGCGACACCGGUACAGUAUCGGUAGGCGGUAGGAAUGAUGCGGAUGUGUGUGAUAGCACGUUGGUGAACCCGGGACAGAACUUCGAUGAUCGAGAUGGCGCAAAUCCGACUGGAGAUGAAUCCUUCUCCAGUUACAGACCUCGGUCCAGCGAAUUCACCCAGGUGGGAAACCCCAUUGGGGGGAAUCUCUCCGAAUUGAAUAACUUGGCCAAGAACCUCAACUUGGAACUAUUAAAAAAUUUGAGAGACAGCCUUCAAAAUGAAAUGAGCCUGAGCCGAGGCAAUAAGGAUGGCUCCAAGGUGAGGAGAAGCGGUCCCAGUUACAUCGAAUGCCUCAGCGAGGUGUCCGAAAUUAGUGAUGACGAGGAGGGAGACCAAAGCGAUAAGGAGAAGGAUAGCAGUGCCGAGUUGGGAAGAAAUAAAAAUGCUUUCCCCCAGUGGAGUGACAAUAUGACUGAAAUGGAAGCGGCAGUAGGGAUGGGUGGGGAUAAGGGGUCCUCUGUUUCCCCCGCUGCUAACGGGGGGGUGGCACUUGCGUAUGGCUCAAACCAGAGCCUUUAUGGCAAGUCGGACCCAAUGCAGAGUCUGUACAGUCUGUACAACAAUGGCAGAGGAACGGAUGCAAAUUCCAGUGUGUAUGGUGCCAUCACUGCGGGCGCAGCCGCGAAAGGGGAAGGCAACACCUUCGCGCACACUGCAGAGAUAGGCAGUAAUGAUGAUGCAUAUGAAAGGGAUAUGACCUGUACAUACGGAAUUGAGACCGGCCAGUCCCAUUUUAAUGCAAACACGGAUGCUGGUAAUUCCAACUCGUAUGAUGCAAAUAGGAAGAACCCCGAGGCGCAGAUGGGGGUGGUGUACCGAGAGUAUCUUGGCUCCGGUGGGGCUACUACUACCCCCUUUGGUGAGUCCAAUGCAAAUCCGAUUGUGAAGGAAGAAAUUAGUCCUAACCAAUCAGGUGGAAAACAUUUCCAAGGUGGAAUCGAAUCAAGCGAGAAUUAUGAUCACCCCUAUGGGGAUAACCAUUUUGUCCCCGAAACGGAGAGUAGAGCAGGGAAAAAAGAGGCCCCGUUUGGAAGCACAAAUAACAUGGACAUGAACGAAUUGGGGGAAGAAAACGAAGAAGAGGAAGACGAAACGGAACCGUUCUCCCAAAUGAGAAACGAAGAUUUGUUUAUUAAUUCAUAUAUGCCAUACCCUCCAGAAAAAUACAGUAGUUUAUACGACCUGCACGAAAUAAAGAUUUUAUCCCCACAUAUAUUGAAGACCAAAUUUCACAAACAAGGAAAAAGCAGUUAUCAUUCCUCUCUAAAGGAUGGAAAGCUAAUACUCCUACUUGACCUCGAUAACACGUUACUACAGGCCACGUCGUUUGCAAAAUAUAACAUGGAAUUGCCUCUGGAAAAUUUUGUUGAUGAAAAUGGAGAACCCGAGUUGUAUAAAUUCUUCCUACCCCAUUAUAACUUUUUUUAUUACUUAAAAUUUAGACCCUAUGUACGUCAGUUUCUGCAGAUUCUGUCGCUGUACUAUGAAUUGUCCAUUUAUACUAAUGCGACUAGAGAGUAUGCCGAUGUAGUUAUCGCCAUUCUGGACCCGGAUAGAACCUUGUUUGCUGACCGAAUCGUUGCCAGAUGCAAUUCUGCUGAUAGGGAAGAAAAUAAGAACUUUUCCAAAAUUUACCCUAAUGUAGACUGCAAAUAUGUUAUCGCUUUUGAUGAUCGAAAAGACGUCUGGACAGACAUUCCUCACUCCCAUAUUUUAAAAGCAGAACAUUAUAAUUUCUUCGAACUAAGUAAAUAUGAUAUAAUUUCUCAUUUUAAAGAACCCACCACAUGUAAGAAAAGAUUCGUUGAUAUGGACAUGCAUCUGCAUUUCAUGACAAAAGUUCUCCUCAAGUUACACAAACAGUUUUUCGAAAGACCACUAGAGGUAGAUGUUGGAAGGCUCAUUGACGAUAUUAUGUUAAGUACGUUAAGCAAUGUUGGUGUCUAUUUUACAGGGUUUAGAAAAAACUCCAAAAAUUCGCAGCAUGUCCUUUCAUCAGAUUGUGAAGAUAGGCAGAAAGAAAUAGCCUUAGAGUUGGGGGCCAAAAUUUACACAAACUAUGACAUGCCUGGAGUUACACACAUAAUUGCUGCGAAAAAUUGCACCGAUAAUUUAAUCAAAUCGAAGAAAGCCGAUUAUAAUCAUAUACAGAAGGUUCACACUUUAUGGCUUUACCAUUGUAGGGGCACUUUGCAGAGUGGAAACUCUAUCUACUUUGAUGCCGAUGCCUUGUGCAAAAUUUACAAUAAUAAGCCGCCCCUGCACCCUAAGAAGGAUCACUGGUUCUUUGGAAAUAAGGACGAAAUGAGGAAGCAAGAUGAUACCAGUGAAUGCAUCAAAACAGAGAAUCUUAAAUCCAGAAUUUUUCUCGGUACAGGUGAAUACACGAACGAUGCAGUUAUAUGCUCGCCACACGAACAGAUCAACAUCAAGUGGAUUGAGAAGGAAGUCAAGUUAAGGCAAAUUUAUGACACCCCCGGUGCUGCUCCUUCUUCCCUUGUUGGUGCGGCAGGGGACGGACAGCAGCGCGACAAAGGUGCAAUGUGCGAGAGGACCCCCCACAGUGACAUGAGCCCCCUUGGUGAACACGUCGACGAGGAUGACAAUUUUGCCUAUGAGAAUAGCAACGUGGAGGAGGAAGAGGGGGAGGAAGCGCGGGAGGAAGCCGAGGGCACGGACAGCGGCACCGCCUAG